GCCCCGCCCACGCCACUGGACUGAAGGGUGUAGGGCACGUCGGGGUUCUCAAACUUCAGAUGCGCCACUCGUACCGUCGGAACUUAGAGAAGACAGCUCUGAUUAAACCCUUCAGACACCUGGUUUGGGUCGGACAUAAAGCCGACAGUGGACCGCAGUGUUUGUCCAGCACAGAAUGGCAUCGUUUCAUCGUCUGAGGAAGUGCCAGUCAACAGGCGUUGCUGUGUCCACACACAUCACACAGCUCCACACCAGCAGCCAUGCAUGUGCCAAACAGCAUCACAAAAUGCUAGUCCUGGGUGGAGGAAGUGGGGGCAUUACUAUGAGCGCACGAAUGAAGAGGCUGAUGGGAGCUGGGAACGUGGCGGUUGUGGAGCCCAGUGAGAUGCAUUACUAUCAGCCAAUAUGGACCCUGGUUGGUGCUGGUGCUAAAAAGGCAGCCUCUUCAGGACGUCCCACUGCAAGUGUUAUGCCCUCUGGGGUGCACUGGGUGAAAUCUAAAGUCCAGGAAAUAAAUCCAGACACAAACACUGUCCGCACAGAGGAUGGAACUGAAAUCACCUAUGAGUAUUUGAUCGUGGCCCUUGGUUUGCAACUUCAUUUUGAGAGGGUCAAAGGUCUCCCAGAGGGGUUUGAACAUCCAAAGAUUGGGUCAAACUACUCUAUCCAAACUGUGGAGAAAACAUGGAAAGCACUGCAGGACUUCAAGGAGGGAAAUGCCGUGUUUACAUUCCCAAACACUCCUGUGAAAUGUGCUGGAGCUCCACAAAAGAUCAUGUACCUAUCAGAUGCCUAUCUCAGAAAGACAGGAAAAAGGGAAAAGGCCAACAUAAUGUACAACACAUCCUUACCUGUGCUCUUUGGAAUCAAGAAGUACGCAGACUCGCUGUGGGACAUUGUAAAACGCCGUGACCUGCAAGUAAACCUGAGGCAGAACCUGAUUGAAGUGCGACCAGACAAGCAAGAAGCGGUUUUUGAAAAUCUUGACAAACCAGGAGAAACCAGAGUGGUUGAGUAUGAAAUGCUUCAUGUCACGCCACCAAUGGGGCCCAGUUUGGUGGUUAAAGGCAGUCCACUGGCUGAUGACGGCGGCUGGCUGGAUCUCAACAAAGAUACACUCCAGCAUAAGAAGUAUCCAAAUGUGUUUGGGAUCGGAGACUGCACCAAUCUGCCUACAGCCAAGACGGGUGCCGCUGUCGCUGCACAGUCUGCAGUUCUGCACCGAACAAUCAGCAGAUUACUUAAAAAUGAGAAACCGGAUAAGAUAUACGACGGCUACACCUCGUGUCCGUUGGUGACGAGCUACAACACAGUCAUUCUGGCAGAGUUUGACUACAAUGGACAACCGCUGGAAACCUUCCCCAUAAACCAAGCCAAAGAAAGAAGACUGAUGUACCACAUGAAAGCUGAUGUAAUGCCUCAUCUCUACUGGCAUGGGCUUCUCAGGGGCCUUUGGGGUGGACCAGGACCUUACAGGAAACUCUUUCAUCUUGGGAUGAAAUGAAACGUCAUCUUGGCCUGCAUACUAAGAAAUAUAAAUUGUAAGUCCUUACAAGGAAAGCCUAUGAAAUCUACCAUUCAUAAUAUGUAAUAAGAAGUUUCAAACUUUACUAGCUGUGGGUGGUCAGGCUUUUGGUUCCUUGACAAUAAAUUCAAGGUCUUGCUGCUUUUCUUAAUGUACUACAUCAAAUCUUGUGGAAACAUGAAACUGAUUCACGUUUUUGCAACAUUCUAUACAGCCACAUGUGCCCCUGGUAGCCUAUGUAUAAAGCCUCAUCUCUACUGGCAUGUGUGUUUUAUUAGCUGCCACAUUUUUUAAAUCACAGGUGCCCAACAGAAAUCAUUGUCCACUGGUCAUUAAAAGCAUUGUGUUGAUAUAAA